UCUUUUUAAAUAUUGCCUUAAGCAAAGUUCGAUUGAUAAUGUUGAUAAAAAGAUUGAUACAUUGAGUAAAGAAUUUAAAAAUUUAGUUGAAAAAAUUGCUGAAUUAACUGGGGCAAUUAAAAAUGAAAAAGAUGAGGAGGAAUAA